UGCACUCCCUUCGCACGCACAGGCACAGGCCAUUUUGUGAAGAAACAACUCUCAACGACGCUAUCGAUAUCGCCUCGGUCGACAUCGCCGUCUGGGAAACAUCGGACGCGACUUCGCCGCGUGUUGGCCGAGGCGAACAAGGACAAGGUGGUGAAAGUGCAGCUCGGAAACUUGGUUCGCACGGGUGCUGUACCGAACUUGUCAAGUAAACGCCCGCAGCGUGGUGGAAUUUUAGCAAUCCGUAAAGUUACCUUGAGUAGUACUAGUAGUACCUAUGUAAGAGCCUGUUAUUCGUAUUCGUCAAGACGCGGUGGUGAAGGGACUUCCGAAACCAAACUGUGAUCAGUAGGAAUACAGCGUUUGAUGACACAGCCAGUACAGCGGCAACAAACCUUCUGCAGUGUCCGGUGCACGUGGUUUCCGAACAUCCCACAGCGUCACAAAUAUGCUCCUGUCAGUCACCGUCACCCUCGUCGCUAUUCUGCUCACGGUGUUCUCGGCCAAAGCACAGGAUUUCGGAGAUGCGCCAACUCGUGUUGUAUUUCAACCAAUUCCGGCUGUUAAUGGCACCCAGGCUAGCAUCACAUGCGUUACGACAAGCGAAGUCGAGCGCAACGAUGUCGAGCUAUUUCGAGACAGUUCGAUGGUCCAGGCCAGUGACAGAAUAAUGGUGAAUCCGCCGCGGGGUCCGGCCGGUGUUUUGGAGCGCACAUGGACGUUCAACCCCGUACUGCUGUCGGACAUGGGGACCUAUAGGUGUAGAUUCGCAGUAACUUUGCCACAGGCCGUUGUGCGGGUGGUAGUACCUCUGGCACCGUCCACUCAAAUCGACAUCCAGGCUUGCUCGGUGUACCGCGUGGAGAACGACUCCUACUACCUGCCGCAGGGGCACAUGGAACUGCUGGAUCUGAACGAGACUCUGCGUCGCAACGACAGCGAUGUGAUCAGGCCAGACGCGGGAAAUCUGCUGGUUUGCCAGCUCGUGUCUGCCUCGAGUCGGAACUUGGCCGCGGGAAACGUGCGCUGGUUCCGGCAUACGGUUCGUGCUGAAGCAGUUGAGACUGUGCCAGUUGGAACGGGCGAAGACGACAUCAGUAUAAUACUUCAGCCAUUCGUCAUGGACAGAAUCUGGCUGGUGGGGCUGAACAUACCGCGGCCGGAUCGCGACGAUGCUGGCUCGUACACAUUUGAACUGAUAACGGGCUCUGCUAUGAACGUCUCCAACUGCAGCAUGGAGAAUGAUCAGUGCAACUAUCCUCUACUCUUGAAUACUGGACCCAGCAUUGAGACCGGACUGGAGAACUUUGAAACCAACAAGGGUAGCGCCAAGACAGCCAUGUGCGUAGCAACCGGCGUGCCAGCACCGACUAUAACCUGGCUCUUCGAGAACAGAGCCCUGGAUCUGACCUCGACUAGCCGUAUUUUUGUCACAGUCUUCAAUCCCGUCAAUGGCAACCCAUUUCGGGUGAGAAGUGUGCUCACGCUAACCGACACCCAGUAUGAUGACCGAGGCAACUACCGCUGUGUUGUGCAGUCUGUGCGGCCGGAUGGCCUUGUCAUCGGCAAUACCGAUAGCACAGCACUGUUCAGAGUACGCGAUCCUAUCGGUGCCGUAUGGCCAUUCCUGGGCCUUUGCGGACAGUUCUUAGUGCUCAUAGUUAUCCUGUACGCUGAUCGAUAUCGCCGGAUAGUGAGGAAGCGACGCGUCGAUGAUGAAACAGAUGGUGGUGCCGAUGGUUCUGAGGAUGAAACUGAUGGCCAGGAUGAGAAUGAAGACAAUGAACAUCUUACUCUGCUAUUCAGGUGUCCCCGUGGUUCUGAAUCAGUGCGGUACAGACCUCUCAAUGAGUCAGAACUCUGAGAGACACCCUACCAACAGGCACGGCACAAAUUACUUUGUGAACACGUGCGUGAGAAUGGAGGAAAGUGCAGCUGAACAGCACAAUCAAAGAACGGCAAAGUCAACUUGUGGGAAGACUUCAAUCGGCUGUAGGUGCAUUGCUGCAUUAAAUUUUUCACGAAAUCCCUUAGGAUAGGGUGACAUUGAAGUGGAAGAGAGCUUGUUUGAAUUCCUUUUAGGGUGGGUUUUGGGGUACGGGAGAGUUUAUUUUGUAUUGUGCUCUCUUGCCCUGUAGGAACCUUGGCUGCAUAUUAAUAAUUCUGACGGUCUUUGAAAUGAAAGCACAAUCUAAAGGAUGGUGUACAUGUACUUGUAUAAACUCAAAGUUUAGUGAAACAUCGAGAAGAGUGUUGAAUGUGUUUUAGUGCUGCUUUUUAGUUUUGUUGGUAUUCUAGUUUCUUCAAUCGUGCUCAGAACCAUUGUGAUGACUAGAUAUGUACAUUGUACUGGUAUUCCUGGCUCAGGCAUGAUCACUGUGUCACCAGUGUUUAUGCCUACAUGCACGUACUUGUUUCAUUGCCGCUGAGAUGCUACUACUACCACUAGUCAUGUUUGUUGCCUUGCUGCAUGUUGAUCUGUUAACAUUUUAGGACAUAUUUACGUUAUCUACCACAGCAAAUUCUCAUAUUGUCUCAUUACAGAACAUUCUGGGUUCGAGGCGA